ACAACUCACAACACCCUUUCUUCUAACUUCUACUUUCUACUUUCAGUCUCCCAAUUCGCGCAGUUUUCUUCCAAAUACAAUUCCACUCCGAUUUGCCGCCGCACCGGAGAUUAUUCCGCCGCGAUCUACAUCACCAAUGACUUCAUCUCCUGCGUUGCGUUAUCUCACUCCAAAAGACACUGAUGUGAAGCUACCUCGACAAAUUCAUGUUAAGAACAAAACACCAGCUCCGAUCCAAAUCACCGCAGAACAGCUUCUUCGCGAAGCUAGGGUUCAUCAAGACUCUGUUAUCCGUCCUCCAAAUCAGAAAAUCAAUGAUCAAAUUGAACUCAAUGAGUAUCGUCUCCGAAAACGGAAACAUUUUGAGGAUUUAAUCCGGCGAAAUCGAUGGAAUGUAAGUGUUUGGGUUAAAUAUGCUGAGUGGGAAGAUUCGCAACAAGAUUUUGAACGCGCACGAUCUGUUUGAGAAAAUGCCUUAAAAGAAAUUAAUUAUAGAAAUCAUACAUUAUGGUUAAGAUAUGCUGAGUUUGAGAUGAAGAAUAAGUUUAUAGAUCAUGCUAGGAAUGUUUGGGACCGUGCUGUUACUCUCUUGCCGCGAGUUGAUCAGUUGUGGUUUAAGUAUGUUCAUAUGGAGGAGAUGUUAGGUAAUGUUGCUGGUGCUAGAGAGGUUUUUGAGAGGUGGAUGAAAUGGAUGCCAAUUCAGUAUGGAUGGUUGUGUUACAUUAAAUUUGAACUUAGGUACAAUGAAAUCGAACGGGCCAGAAUGAUAUUCGAGAGGUUUGUUAUGUGCCAUCCAAGCGUUGAUGCUUGGAUUCGUUAUGCUAAUUUUGAGGUGAAGAAUGGCGAGGUUGUUAAGGCAAGGAAUGUGUAUGAAAGAGGGGUUGAGAAGGUUGCAGAGGAUGAGGAGGAAGCUGAGAAGCUUUUUGUGGCUUUUGCUGCUUUUGAGGAAAGAUGCAAGGAGGUAGAGCGUGCUAGAUGUAUAUACAAAUUUGCGCUUGAUCGUAUACCAAAGGGAAAGGCGGAAGAACUAUUUAGCAAGUUUGUGGCAUUUGAGAAACAGUAUGGUGAUAAGGAAGGGAUUGAGGAUGCCCUCAUCGGGAAAAGAAGGUUCCAGUACGAAGAGGAAGUGCGAAAAAAUCCUUUGAAUUAUGAUGCUUGGUUUGAUUAUAUUGGAUUAGAAGAAAGCGCGGGGAACAAAGAAAGAACUAGGGAUGUUUACGAGAGGGCGAUAGCUAAUGUGCCUCCAGCUGAGGAGAAGCGAUACUGGCAGCGAUAUAUUUAUUUAUGGAUUAAUUAUGCACUCUAUGAAGAGCUUGAUGCCGGAGAUAUGGAGCGAACAAGAGUCGUUUACAGGGAAUGUCUCAACCAGAUACCUCACCACAAGUUCUCGUUUGCAAAAGUAUGGCUUCUGGCAGCCCAAUUUGAAAUACGUCAGUUGAAUCUCAAGGGUGCUCGUCAAAUAUUAGGAAAUGCGAUUGGAAAGGCUCCUAAAAGCAAGAUAUUUAAGAAGUAUAUAGAGAUGGAACUGCAGCUUAGCAAUAUAGAUCGAUGCAGAAAACUGUACGAAAAGUAUCUGCAGUGGUCACCUGAAAAUUGCUAUGCCUGGAGCAAAUAUGCAGAACUGGAGAGAUCUCUAUCGGAGACGGAUCGGGCUCGAGCAAUAUUUGAUCUUGCAAUUGGUCAACCGGCAUUGGACAUGCCUGAGUUGUUGUGGAAGACGUACAUUGAUUUUGAAAUUUCCGAGUUUGAAUUCGAGAGAGCGCGGGGGCUUUAUGAAAGGCUUCUUGAUCGAACAAAGCACCUGAAGGUAUGGAUAAGUUAUGCAGAUUUUGAAGCAACAGCCACUGAUAAGAGGUGUUUAGAUUUAUCAGAACAAGAACAAAAGAAGCAAUGCAUUCAGCGCGCUAGAAGGGUGUUUGAGGAAGCUCUAAACUACUUCAGAUCAUCAGCUCCAGAUUUAAAAGAAGAAAGGGCAAUGCUACUGGAUAAAUGGAUCGAUUUGGAGGUUUCAUCUGGGGAACUAGGUGAUGUUAGCUUGGUCCAGUCUAAGCUGCCCAAGAAGCUCAAGAAGAGACGGCAAGUUAGCACUGAAGAAGACGGUUCUUCUAGAAUUGAAGAAUUUAUCGACUAUCUAUUCCCUGAAGAAACUCAAACCACCAAUCUCAAGAUAUUGGAAGCUGCUUACAAAUGGAAGAAGCAGAAAUUGUGAUUCACUACAGAAUUUAAUUCUGCCAAAUGCCAAUCUCAGAGGUUGCCUCAUCUGUUAGCCAUUGAAUCCGACUCUAAAGGCAAUAUUAGCAUAGCUGACAUUGAUAACAUAAACUGUUCUGAUAUUUUAUCUAUGCUUUCUAAUUGUAGUGUAGCUUUUAUUAGAAGAUGCUAAAAUGUAUCUGACCAUAGCUUAGUGGGGUUAGCAAAGAAAUUUGGUUCAAGUUCUUAGGUGGGAUAUGUCCCAGAACCAGCAGCUGCUACUGUUUGUAAGGAUUUGCAUUCUAUCAAGCAUCAAUUGAAUGAAUAUGUCUCAGUCUUGCCAGAAAAAAUAAAACCAUGUCAUUUACUUGCA